CUCUUGCGGCACAAUCCAACACGAAUCCUAUUCCCAGGAUUCAAAGGCUUGCUCUGCCAAGUUCCAACCCCUCACGUUUUCCCUCCCUCUUCUUCCCUUCUCAAUCCCUCCUCCUGCCCUUCGCUAAUUGCUAGCUAAUUGCUCGGUUGGUGGCUUCUCCCCAAGAAUAACGCACCUUUCGCCCGUCUACUCCCGAUUCGUGGUUCCAGCUUGUUCUUGGUUGCUUUGGUUGCGGGUUUGGGAUUGGCAUCACUCGAGAACCCGAGUGAUGGUAGUCUGAGGGGUGCAUCGCGAUGAGAGGUUUCUAAGACUCAGGUAAUGGCAGAGAAGUCAUACAUCUACCAGGCUGGGUGGCUGGUCAGAAAUUACUUGCUAGCAGAUCAUCUUGUUGCAUGUACCUCUGUCCUUGUUGGCAUUUAUAUGUGCAAGAUGGCAUAUGAUGCUACCCAUAUGAUUAGUUCUCUUUACUAUAAGGGAUAUGCUUCCCUCACAAAGAUCCAAAGUAUCGAGUGGAAUAAUAGGGGAAUGUCAAGUGCCCAUGCGAUUUUUAUCACGGUGAUGUCAUUAUAUUUAGUAUUCUUCUCAGAUCUUUUCUCAGAUCGCACUGAAGGGCUAGUUAUAUUCCGGAGUUCAAGUUUAUCUAUAUUUACAUUAGGGGUUUCUGUUGGAUACUUCGUGUCGGACCUUGCAAUGAUCUUUUGGCUAUAUCCUUCCCUUGGUGGAAUUGAAUAUGUUCUCCAUCAUCUGCUAUCUGCAACAGCAAUUUCUUACACUAUGUUUUCCGGGGAAGGGCAGCUGUACACAUACAUGGUCCUUAUUUCUGAGACCACAACUCCUGGAAUAAAUUUACGAUGGUUCCUUGACACUGCUGGAAUGAAAAAAUCUAGCGCAUAUCUAGUUAAUGGUGUCAUGAUGUUUAUUGCAUGGCUGGUGGCAAGAAUAUUGUUGUUCAUCUACUUGUUCUACUACAUCUAUUUGUAUUAUGAUCAGGCAGAUGCACACGUUAGGCUACCUUCUUACUUUGCUGGUACCCGCAGCACUAUUUAUCAUGAACAUCAUGUGGUUUACAAAGAUUCUAAGGGGACUCAGAAAGACACUAGCCAAGCGGCAAUGAUAGUUGAUGUCCAUAAAUUUCCUGUAUAAAGUUUCUGAUAUCAUCAGCAUAGGAGAAAGUGAAAAAUAAUGAAGCUUACUAGCAAAUGAAUCACUGUUAAUAUUGGUUUUGCCGUUCAUUCUCUAACCUCAUUUAGUGUAUAUUCUGGAAAAAUGUUUAUACUAAAAGUUGCAAGUUAUUUUUCCCAA